AUGCAUACUCUUUUCUUUCUUCUCUUUUAUGGUGAUAAAUUAAUCGCGGUGAGAAAUAAUGUUAUAGGAAGUGCUCCAAAUUUAGCAGAACAUUAUAAAACUUAUUUUCGAAGAUCGAAGACGUUAAUAAUACCGGUUCCUACCAUGUACAUAACACUGCUGCGGCAACACUGGAAGUAUUUCACUCUUCCGAUUCCGGAGCGAUUCUGGAAACAGUUGCAAAUAUCACAAGCAGAGCUAUACACGAUAGUCCAAGCAGAAAGAAAUUACAACAUCGUAAUUUAUAACUUCAAUAACAUUGGAUAG